AUGCCUCCCAAGCGGAUAGCAUUCACAGGCGGAAGCGGCAAGGUAGGACGUUAUGUCGUCAAAGAGCUACUCAAAUAUGGUCACGAAAUUAUCAACCUUGAUUUGGUGCCAGCGCCAGACCUCGGUGUAUAUUCCAUGAAAGUCGACAUGACCAACGCCGGCGAGGUCUUCAGCGCACUGAACACUCAUAUGGGAUUGGGAGAGCCUUUCCCUGCAGAGACACCAAGAGUGGUCGAUACGGUCAUUCACUUUGCCGGCCUUUCCACGCCGAUGAUCGCGUCGGACAGCGAAACAUUCCGCACCAACGUCCUAGGCAUGCAUAAUGUCAUCGAAGCGGCGUGCAAACUCGGCAUCAAGAAGAUCAUCAUUGCCAGCAGCGUCACAGUCUACGGCGUUGCUUUCGGUCAAGGUCACAUCGAGUACCCGUCGUUCCCAAUCGAUGAAGAGCUUGAUGUGAACCCGACAGAUCCAUAUGCAUUGUCCAAGUUCAACGUCGACAUCUAUUGUCUCCGAAUCGGGCGAGUGUUCACACCGGACGAAUACAACAGUGAUAUGUUCUACGGAUACGUUCAUGAACCUGAAAAGUGGUAUAUGCAUGGGUGGUCCUACACGGAUGCAAGAGAUCUUGGGCUGAUGUGUCAUCGCGGACUGGAGGUGUCUGGGUUGGGCUUUCAGGUGUUCAACGCUACAAAUACUACCAUGACGAAUAUGGCUGUGACAAGUGAGUUUCUCAAGAAGUUGUACCCGCAUGUACCUCAUACAAGGGCGAUAGAGCCUACAGAGGCCCCAAUAAGCAACCGCAAGGUCAGGGAGCUGCUUCAAUUCCGGGAGGAGCAUGAUUGGAGGCAGUAUUUUACCAGGUGGGAGAAAGAGUAA